AGGAAGGAGGGUCUAGGGAGGGCGGCGCAUGUGGGCUGCCGCCGGACAACUUCGCAUCGUCUGUCAACACAACAAACAUGGCAGCCACCAAGAAAAUCGAAGAGGCGCUCGCUCACAUCAGAGAGGCUGAGAAGAGUCUUAAGACAAGUUUGCUGAAAUGGAAACCAGACUAUGAUUUAGCGGCUGACGAAUACAAUGCUGCAGCCACAUGCUACAAGACUGCCAAGCAAUAUGCUCAGUGCCGAGAGUGCUUAUUGAAGGCGGUGGAGAACUACAAGCUGAACCGAUCAUUUUUUUCAGCUGGCAAAUGUCUAGAGAAUGCUGCCUUAAUAAGCAAGGAGUUGGGAGAUAUGGAUUCCAUUUUCAAGUUGGCUGAGCGGGCAGCCUGCAUGUAUCAGGAACAUGGGAUUCCUGACACAGCAGCACUUAACCUUGAGAAGGCUGCCAAGAUGAUUGAAAACCAUCUACCAGAGAAGGCACUGCACCUGUAUGAGCAUGCUGUUGACAUUGUCAUGACUGAAGACCGGCCUCGUCAAGCUGCCGAAUACCAGAGUAGAGUGGCUCGCCUCAAUGUCCGGCUGCAAAAAUACGAUGCUGCAACUGAUGCUAUCAGGAGAGAAAUUUGCUAUCAUCAGGCAGGAGAAAAUAAUCCUGCAAUAGGAAGGCUGACUGUGGGACUUGUGCUGGUUCAACUGGCCCGUGGGGACUCUGUUGCUGCAGAGAAAGCCUUUAGAGAGUGGGGAACCUAUUGUGAACAGGAGGAGGUGCAGACACUAGAAAUGCUGAUCCAGGCCUUUGAUGAAGAAGAUGGAGAUAUGGCAUUGAAAGCUCUGAACUCCUCCUUCAUCAAGCACAUGGAUGUGGAGUAUGCCAAGCUUGCUAGAAGUCUUCCUGUACCUAAGUGUAGCCAGGAAACCAAGAAGCCAGGCGUGACAGACACGUACCCACCAUACACCUCCAGCUCUGCUGAUGUUGACUCGGUGACUGCGGGGAUGGGCAAUGCUUCAAUAUCCCAGGGUGAUGAGGAGCUUGAUUUGUGCUGAGCUGACCCAGACAGAUGGUUGCUGUGACAUCUUUUAGAGAGUUUGACAGUACCAGGAGGGUAUGAGUUUACUUGCACGGUCUCUGUUGACCUGCACGGUCUCUGUUGACCUGCACGGCCUCCGAUGGCCUGCACGGCCUCUGAUGGUCUGCGUGGCCUCCGUUGGCCUGCAUGGUCCCCGUUGGCCUGCAUGGCCUCUGAUGGCCUGCACGGUCCUUGAUUACCUGCAGUCUCUGAUGACCUGCAUGGUAUCAGAUCACUGAGAAAGUUGAGUUAUCUGCACUUAGAAAAUAUUUUGGCAAGAUGAUUUAUUUUGAAGCUUAAGCUGUACGUACCUGUAAGAUUUGUAGUCACUGUGACUGGCUUGAAACUUGAUAUAAGGAAUAUGUCAGAAACUCAGAAGCUUUCAUCUUGCCAUAUACUUUCUUGGUGAACUAACAGGCACAUGCUAAACACAAGAUCACCUAGUAACCAGCCUGGUUUGAAAAAUGUGCACCAUUUACAGUGAGACCGUGUUAUUAAUAGGAAGCUAGUAAAUGGGCCACUGUUCCUAAGCUGCAAGGAAUAAAAGAAGUUCGACUUUUAUUAUAGAGAUGGGGGGGAAAUAUGGCUUUCUGUAUUCAUUCUGGAUGGUCAGUUUUUUUUUUAGUUUCAAUUUUAAUUGUGUACUUUUAAAUUUGUUUUUUUUCUAAAGAAACAAGUUUCAGUCAAAUAUUGACCAGUAUCUUCUUGAACCAGUUAGCCUAAUGCAGCAGCCAACUUCCUGGACUUCUCAGAAAGGAAACCUAUGUUUCUAGGGGCCGUGUAGCUAGUGCAACCGGUCAAUUUUCUGAAACCUGCAGACAGAGUUUGAAAGCUUCCUUCUUUUAUUUAGCUGUGUCAGCUCUGCAACACACAUUUGUUCUGCUAGUCAUCAAAUGUGAUUUUAGCUAGUAGGUUAGGUCACAAGCAGUUAAUAAAGUGUGGCUGGAAGAGUGACUCCAUAAUGUGAUAUACGGAAGCAUGCAGAGGAUGCUGUGCAUGUCAGUUGCAGUCAGCAUAUCUAAGUCAUACCCAGAAUGUGUUGUUUGUCAUGAAAUCUGAACACAUGACCUGAUUUGUUGUCAGUUUGCAUUGUCUGAGAUGUUACUUAAUAUAUUCUGAAAAACAACUUUUGUAGUUCAUUUCACAUGACAGAACACACCUCAUGCAACAGAAGAACUAACGUAUUUAUGCAGUUCUUGCGAAAUGUCUUAAGCAACAGACGAGCUACCAGGCUCGCACAGCUGUCAAGUCACGCGACAAAAUCUGAUUAAAUUGCG